CCUCACUUCACACAGUUGAGCAACGUCUGAAUCUCCAUGGAUUCUCCAGCCCCCUGGUCCUUCUCGCUUGACCUGGCUGGGGUCGUUUCCCUGGCUGAUAUCUCGGUCGUUGCGCAACGAACAGCAUUGACGGGUAGCGCCGCAUUCCUAGAUAUCUUUGUACUAUCGCCUGGAUUGCACUGCCAGCAGAAGGCGGCCGGGGUCAACGAUGGUGAAUACCCUGCAGCCGCCGCUAUGACUACCGGCUAUGUCUUUCGCGUUGAGAACCCCGCGACUAUUUACUUCCUCAAAAACGUCGGUCGCACUGGAGAAUUAACGACUCUCUCGGUCAAUGCAAUCCCAGAUACGGCAGGGAAAAACCGCUGGCUGGACGUUCUAUUCGCCGUUGAUACCGCCACGCCGGUCGGAAUUGUAGCCUACUUCUUCGCAGUCGGAAGUACUUUGAGUGUCCUCUCUCUGCUUGUCUACAGCCGAGACUGGUGGGGUCUGUCAGUGAUUAUUCUAUUGAUUAUCAACCGCCUGAUCAACUUCCUUCUCGUUCGGGCCAGAGGGAGUCGUGGGUGGAGAGGUGCGCGAGAGGACGGCGAUGGUGACCUCCUAGUCUUGCUCAGCCAGGACCGUUGGAUUAGGAUGAUUGGGGCUGUGAACGACUUGAAGGCUGUCACUUCUGGUCAAUGGUUACGCGAUAUGACUUGGUUUGAGAGCACCGCCUCCGGCUUCGCUACCUUGCUGGCGUACAUCAAUGCCGCCCUGGCCAGCAAUGCGAAGCCAUUUGGCAAAGUCCUUCUAAUGCUUCUGUUGUUUGGCAGUGCAGGUCUCUUAGCGCUCGUCAAUGUUUCUACGCGGAAGUUCCAAAUGCACGGUCAUAUCGUUACUGUUCAGGGUCCGCGGCGGAAAUUUCGCCGGCGACUGGAUCUUGCCGAGGCUCUGAUAAAAGAUUCGGGCAGGGCAGACUGGGCACUUCGGUUGGGCAUGAUAAAUUCCAUACCGGAAAACAUCAAUGCCCAGUCUGGUUGGAACGAUCAGGGCACUCGUCCUGAAGGGGUCACGUUGUAAUCUGGGAGAAGGAUUGCCGCU